CGCAUUACAUCAAUACACUGGAUGUUUUGGAAUCUCGCAGGUCCUCAGCAAACAUCUUGAUGAAGUAAUCAACCUAUUUCCCGACACAUCGGAACUUUCCAUAACGAGCUAGCAUGGCGCCGCACCUCCUGAUCGUCAACACCGGUUCGCUGAGGCAGCCACGGAAUUCUGAAUAGCUUCACUUCUUGUGACUGCUGUUAACGGCGGCUGAUUUCUCUGGCCGUUUGUGGCACUCCAUAAGUUUCUUUUGGAUAUGAACGCGUUGGCGCAGGGUGGUGACAGCUCGGCCUGCCUCUUGGCAUCAGCGCCCUCCAACAAAUCGCACCUCGCUAGGAAUGAUGGGUCUCUCCGAGUCAUGAGGCUGAAUGACAAUCAAGCGGUUUGUUUAGGUGGACAGAUCUCUUGAGAAGAAGGGCUUUCCAGAGAUCGAGUAUUGCUCUAUCAUGGGAUUGAGCUAUGGCCACUGCACUCGGAGAACAGCUCAAACGAAGGGGAGAAGUGACGUCAAAGUUGUCAUGGCGCCGGAUCAUAGCCACAUCAUCCCACAGACACAAGCAUAACCAGACACACAUUACGUUGAGAGUAUAUCUAUAUCACGGCUGCGUGGUAGUGACGCGUCUGCUGUCCAAUACGAGCUCUCCGAGAGUAGUGCCGGAACAUGCUUCCCUCUCCACCUAGUUGUGUUGUCUCAAAAAGAGUCGUCUUCCUAUCACAAGUUACUUGCAGAGGUUCCCUUUCUCGUCUUGUUCAUAUCCCUAUUCAACAACCAAAGGGCAGGUUCUAUUCAUCCCGCUAUCUACACAGAACUCAUCCUUGCACCCGCUUCGGCAUCAUGAGCAAGGCAGCAGACAUCCCCAAGGAGCAGUGGGCGCAGGUUACUGAGAAGGAUGGCGUAAUCACCUACAAAAAAAUCCCUGUUCCCACCCCCGGCCACGACGAAGUCCUCGUUAACAUUAAAUACUCGGGCGUCUGCCACACCGACCUGCACGCGCUCGACAACGACUGGCCCCUGCCGCGCAAGACCCCUGUGAUCGGUGGUCACGAAGGCGCCGGCGUAGUAGUCCAAAAGGGCGAGCUGGUGACCAACGUCGACAUCGGCGACAAGGUCGGCGUCAAGUGGCUCAUGUCUACCUGCUUCCACUGCACCUUCUGCCAGCAAGCCCUAGAAUCGCUGUGCCCGAAGGCGCAGCUCUCAGGUUACACCAAGGACGGCACCUUUCAGCAGUACUGCGUUGCGAACGCCGCACACUUGGCCCGGUUCCCGCCGCAGACCGAUUUAUCCGCCGUUGCGCCCAUCAUGUGCGCCGGUUUGACAGUGUACAAGGGUCUGAAGGAAUCCGACACACGGCCGGGCCAGUACGUGGCGAUUGUGGGUGCUGGAGGUGGGCUGGGCACAAUUGGCAUACAGUACGCCCACGCGAUGGGGCUGAACGUGAUCGCCAUUGAUGGCGGUAAGGAAAAGGGCGAGGCGUGCAAGAAGUUGGGCGCGUCGAUGUAUAUCGAUUUCAAGGAGUCCAAGGACCUGGUGGCUGAUGUGAAGAAGGCCACGCACGAUGGACUGGGACCACAGGGCGUGGUCUUGCUGGCGCCGCAGGAACAGCCGUUCCAGCAGGCCACAGGCUAUGUGCGGUCGCACGGCACCGUGGUCUGCAUCGGCAUGCCGGCGGGCGCCAAGGUGAGCAUGCCGGUGUUUGAUACAGUGGUCAGGAUGAUCAAGGUCAAAGGGUCGUAUGUGGGCAACAGGGAGGAUACGGCCGAGGCCUUGGAUUUCUUCUUGAGGGGUAAGGUCCAUGCGCCGUAUAAGGUUAUUGGGCUCAGUCAGCUUCAGAGCGUUUUCGACGAGAUGAGGGCGAAUAGGGUUAUUGGAAGAUAUGUGAUGGAUAUGAGCAAGUGACGGAACAAAGUUACGAGACUGUUUGACAGUUUUCCCGACCUGCCUUUUUCGAUCUUCAAAAAUCAACGAUACCAAAUUUAUCUCAACCUGACACUUUUA